UUCCUACUACCAUAUCUAGCUACCAAGAAACAUGAAACAUCUUAUAUCUGUUUGUAUCACUAUCUUUUGGGCAUGUGCAUACCCAACCAUGUCUCAAAAGCUGCAUGAAUCAUCAUCGAUUGUUGAAGCACAUCAACAAUGGAUGAUGAAGUAUGAACGCACAUACACAAACAGUUCUGAGUUGGAGAAACGUUUUCAAAUAUUUAAAAGUAAUUUAGAAUACAUAGAGAAACAUAACAAUGCUAGUAACAAGAGUUACAAGCUUGGCUUAAAUCCAUAUUCGGAUUUAACUAGUGAAGAGUUUAUUGCUUCAUACACUGGACUCAAAAUACCAAGUCAAGUUUUUCCCUCCAAAAUGGAGUCGGUUCCUAUACUCUUCAACUCAAAUGAUGAUGUUCCAACCAACUUUGAUUGGAGACAUCAAGGAGCGGUCACAAAUGUUAAGAAUCAACACAAUUGUGGAUGUUGUUGGGCUUUUACGACUGUGGCAUCUGUAGAAGGUAUUGUUAAAAUCAAAACAGGUGAUUUGAUCUCAUUGUCAGAGCAACAACUGGUUGACUGUGAUCACCAAAACAACGGGUGUAAUGGUGGUUCUAUUAACUCUGCCUUUGAAUCUAUAAUAAAAAAUCAAGGUAUUCUUAAAGAAACUGAUUAUCCUUACCAAGGAGUUGAUCAAACUUGCCAACUAAAUGGUCAGAUACAAGUUGGAGCUCAAAUAAAUAGUUAUGCGACUGUAACUCACAAUGAUGAACAACAAUUACUACAAGCUGUGGCACAACAACCAGUAUCAGUUGCAAUAUCUGUAGGUGAUGAAUUUAAGAGAUACAUGCAAGGGGUUUACUCAGGAUCGUGUGGAACCACUUUGAACCAUGCAGUUACCAUUGUUGGUUAUGGGAUAAGUGAAGAAGGGAUGAAGUAUUGGUUGGUUAAGAACUCUUGGGGUGAAAACUGGGGCGAGAAUGGUUACAUGAGGGUGCUCAGAGAAAGUGAUGAAACCGAAGGUCAAUGUGGCAUCGCUAUGCUAGCUUAUUACCCAAUUAUAUAGUAACUUUAUGUUCUUGUUGUCCCGUUUUAAUAAGUUUCCUAUUAUUAUGUUCUUAGUUCCUUUACUUAGAGUACUUGGUUGACUUCUUCCUGCUUGAUUAUAUUGUAUUGAAAUUCAUCUAAGUUAUAUCAAUUAUGAAAAACUAAAUAUUA